CCCAAAAAACGCGUCUUCCCCAACUGCACCUAUAUAACCGUUUCACUACCCCAUGUCAUACUUUUCUUUAACAACCUCAGAAUCUUCCAUUUUUUUAUCACUCCUCUCAAACCUUACUUUCUCUCUCUUCAAUGGCGAAAAACGAAAUCGAGAAAAUAUUCGCAAAAUUCGACGCAAACGGCGAUGGAAAGAUCUCAUCAACUGAACUAAAAUCCUUACUAAAGGCCUUAGGAUCUGAAACUACACCAGAAGAAGUAAAGAAAAUGAUGGAUGAGAUGGAUAGAGACGGUGAUGGAUUCGUCGAUCUUAAUGAAUUUACUGAGUUUCAUACCGGAUCUGGAGGCAAUGCAGGAAGCACGAAGGAAUUACGUGAAGCGUUCAAUUUGUAUGAUAAAGACGGAAACGGUAAAAUUUCUGCAAAAGAAUUGCACGAAGUUUUGAAAUCGCUUGGUGAAAAGUGUUCGUUGAAAGAUUGUAAGAAGAUGAUUGCUUCUGUUGAUAGAGAUGGCGAUGGUUGUGUUGAUUUUGAAGAGUUUAAGAGGAUGAUGGCUGCUUAAUGAUGAUUAAUUCUUUAUUACGUGAUUGUUUUUCUUGAUUAGAGAAAAGAGGAGGCGAAAAGAAUGGAGGUUUAAUUGUGUAUAGGUGAUGAAUUUUCUCAAUGUUAUUUUGAUUAUUGGACUAAUCCUAAUUAGUAGUUUUUAAUUUAAACCUUAAUUAGGGAUGGAAUGAAUCGAUUAGGGAUUUGAAAGUUAUUUUUGUGAAUACACUUUGCGUAACUGUUUAGUUUUUUUAAUUAGUUUAUGUUUUAGUGGAAAUUAAAAUGAUAACAAAAAUUGCUAUCAAUAUUAUUAUUUACUAAUGAUGAAAUUAAG